GUGUCAGAUAUUUUGUGUAGUGCUGACGAGCUGAUUUAAAUGCCCUUCAGUUCCUUGUUCAGGAUGCGUGCACUGUUUUUCUUGGUAAGCCACAACGUGGUUGUAUCAGUUCUGUUGGGGCUGCAGAGAGUUUCACACUCAGUUAUUAGAGAUACCGACCACAGAAGACAUCAAUGGAUUAUGAGGAUUAUGACCUUGACUUUUUUUUUAAUCUGUCAAAUGUGACAGUAAAUCCAGAACAUGUCAGAGAUGAACCGGUUGUGUUAUGCGAGAAAAGCGAUGUCAUCCUUUUUGGUGCAGCACUUCUUCCGACAUUCUACUACAUAAACUUUUUACUUAGCUUGUUGGGGAACGGGCUGGUGCUGUGUAUCAUCUACAAAUAUGAGAAGCUUAGCACAGUCACCAACAUAUUCUUACUUAACCUUGUCAUCUCAGACCUGGUCUUUGCAUCUAGUCUCCCGUUUUGGGCAGUGUACCACAGCUCUGAAUGGAUUUUCGGCAGUACCCUGUGCAAGUUGGUGGGAAGUUUUUAUUCCAUCGGCUUCAACAGCUCCAUCCUUUUCCUUACACUCAUGACAUUUGACCGCUACCUGGCAGUGGUCCAUGCCGUCACGGCAGCCAGGAGCAGGAGGAGAGCAUAUGCGUUUGCAUUGUCUGCUGUUGUUUGGGUGCUCAGUGUAUUGGCUAGUAUAAAGGAUAUCAUUCUUCACAACGUGAGAGACAAUCAGGACAGUGGUAUGCUGUGUGAAGUGACGGGUUACUCCCAGAGUGUCCUCAUAAAUUGGGAGUUGCUUGGGUAUUAUCAGCAGUUUCUCCUUUUCUUCUUAGUGCCUCUGGCUAUCGUCUUGUACUGCUAUGUCCGCAUAACCAUCACAAUCAUGUACACUCGCAUAGUGGAGAAGUGCAGGGCAGUCAAACUCAUCUUUGUCAUCAUCUUCACCUUCUUCAUCUGCUGGACGCCUUACAACGUGGUCAUCCUGCUACAAGCGAUCAAGACGUCCUUUGGAGACCAGAUGCAGUGUUCAAAUGCCCUUGACUAUGCCCUGUACGUGACACGAAACUUUGCAUACUUAUACUGUUGCAUCAGCCCCGUAUUUUAUACCUUUUUGGGCAAGAAAUUUCAAAACCAUUUUCUGAAACUUUUGGACAAGCAUCUGCCAUGUCUGAAGAUAACUGUACUGUCAACGCAAAGCAGUAAAAGCACAUCAUUCAGGAGCCCGAACACUGUUGACUGAUAUGAUUCAGAAAGUGUGACCAUGGAGGCUGCGGUUAAUUUGUAAAGUAGCAACUUUGUACUAUUUUGUAUUAAAAUUGUUACUAAGAGGACACAAAAAGGAACAUUUACCUUUUUGUAAAAAAAAAAAAAAAAAAAAAGAAACAAAAAGAACCAUCCAAAUUGCAAUAUUUGCUUUGCUUUUUUUGAGAAUAAAUCAUUUUAUAGAAAGCAGGUAUAGAAAGAAUGUUUUAUAAUACAUUUAAGACCAUCUGUACAUACUCAUUCACAAAACUUGCCAGUUGAGUAAAGAAAAUAACAAAAAGCAUUUUUUUUUAUUUUUUUUUACAUUUGCUUCUGUGAUUAAAGUUUAUUGCAACAUAAUGUGCAUUGUGUAAGCCUUGACUUGGUACUAGAUGGGUUCUUGUGCAAUGUAGCCAUCAACGAUUUUCAUCUUACUUAUGUAUAGCUUAAUAUUUUGCAUGGUUUUUUUUGCUGAACAUAUGGAAUUUUUAAAUAUGGUUAUUCUGAGUUUUAUAAAUGGGGCAAAUUACUUAUUUUACAUCACUGUUCAACUGCUGGUAUAUGAGAUGAAACAUUUUUGUGACAGGAAUCUUGGUGAUAUAAACUAAUUUUUAGUGAUGUUGUUUUAGUCAAGUGAAACUAACACAUUUUUUUCUGUUUAAAUGUUUAAAAAUAAAAAAAAUAAGUAAACUUCCUGUCUUGUUCACACCUAAAUGUACCCUGUCUAAAUUAUGAUCUAUGGCCUCCUUAUCUGCAAUAUAUCACAUUUUUGUGCAUGGAAAAUAAAUAUUUCUUAUUAAUCUGUUUUCUA